AUGCCGGGCUCCUUACCCCAAUUUCUGUCUCAUAGGAAGAAGAAAGGGUUCAACAGGAGUGGGAAUGAGGAAAGAAAGAGAAUCCAGAAUGAAGCCUGGAAAUUGGUUCCAGGCACAUAUGGGAACCCCACCAAUAAUCAAGCUAUCAUUGACACCUUCUGGCCCUUACUAGACCAGUCUGGGAUUUUAACACAGCAGCAGGCAGACCCAGAUAUAAGGAGGAAGGUUCAAAAAAUGGACAGGCUAGCAGAUAAGAGUUUGCGGGAGCUGGUGGAACAAGUGUAUAAUAACACAGAGAGUCCCAAGGAACGUCACGCCCAAGCUAUUGCAUCAGCAAAUGAAACAAGUACCCACAAUUUGUCUAAGGUUCUCCUGGAAGCCACCACAGAGUCCCCUGACACCCAACGUUGGCAAUACAAGAAACUUGCAGGACAGCAAGUCUACCGCUGGCAGCACAAAGCCAGCCACUAUUUGCCCUUGAAUGGCAUGACCCAGAACAAGUGUUUAAUGGACAAUUGGCCUGGACACGACUAUCCCAACGAUUCAAAAAUUCACCUACCCUGUUUGAUGAGGCUUUGCAUGAGGAUCUGGAUACAAUUCUUUCCCAGCACAGCCUUCAACCCAGCCACCCUGCUGAUGGACCCAGACCUGGAGGGACCCCUCCAUGAUUGCACAGAGAUCCUGAGCUGGGUUUACAGCAUCAGAGAAGACUUGACUGACCAGCCCCUGCCAGAUGCUGAAGUUACCUGGUAUACUGAUGGAAGCAGCUUCAUGAAAAAAUGGACAAAGUGGCUGCUAUUCCUGUGCCUCCAUUCCGUCCCCUGCGGGUCUGCUUUGUGUGCCUUGGACGGCAUUGUCCCAGACAUAGCAGUUGGUACAAAGCAGGGAUCUGACGAGCUCUUUUCCACCAAUGUCAGUAAUGGACCCUUUAUCAUGAGCAGUAAGGCUUCCUCAGCCAACGGAAAUUACAGCAAGAAGUUCAAAGGGGACAACAGGAGUGCAGAGGUCCCAUCCCGAGUGAUUCAUGUCCGUAAGCUGCCCGGCGAUGUCACUGAGGGUGAGGUCUUCUCCCUGGGGCUGCCCUUUGGGAAGGUGACCAAUCUGCUAAUGCUGCAGGGGAAGAACCAGCCCUUCAUCGAGAUGAACACCGAGGAGGCAGCCAACACUAUGAUGAGCUCCCACACCUCUAUUAUACCCGUGCUGGGUGGGCGGCCCAUCUACAUCCAGUUCUCCAACCACAAGGAGCUCAAGACUGACAGCUCCCCGCAGGCUGUGACCUUGGUGCAGUCAAGAAACCUGGCAUUAGCUGCAUCCGCUGCUGCCGUGGAUGCAGGGAUGGUGAUGGCUGGGCAGAGCACUGUGCUCAGGAUGAUUGUAGAAAACCUAUUCUAGCCUGGGACGCUGGAUGUGCUACAUCAGAUUUUCUCCAAGUUUGGCACGGUUCUGAAGAUCAUUACCUUCACCAAGAACAACCAGUUCCAGGCAUUGCUGCUGUAUGCAGACCCCAUGAGCGCCCAGCAUGCCAAGCUGUUGCUGGACGGGCAGAACAUCUGCAAUGCCUGCUGCACGCUGCGUAUUGACUUCUCCAAGCUCACCAGCCUCAAUUUCAAGUACAACAAUGACAAGAGCCGUGACUACACACACCCCGACCUGCCCUCUGGGGACAGCCAGCCCUCACUGGACCAGACUAUGGCUGCAGCCUUCGGUCUGCCUGACCCUAAUGUGCACAGGGCCCUGUCCCCCGCCCCCCGGGCCAUACCAUCAGCAGCAGCUGCAGCAGCAGCUGGCUGCAUCGCCAUCCCAGGCCUGGCAGGAGCAGGAAAUUCCGUCCUCUUGGUCAGCAACUUGAAUCCUGAGAAAGUCACAUCCCAAAGCCUCUUUAUUCUCUUUGGCAUCUACAGUGAUGUGCAGUGGGUGAAGAUCUUGUUCAACAAGAAAGAGAAUGCUCUAGGGCAGAUGGCUGAUGGAAAUCAGGCACAACUGGCCAUGAACCACCUCAAUGGGCACAUGCUGCCCGGGAAGCCAGUUCGCAUCACGUUGUCCAAGCACCAGAAUGUGCAGCUGCCUCAUGAGGGCCAGAAGGACCAGGGCCUCACCAAGGACUAUGGCAGCUCCCCGCUGCACCGUUUCAAGAAACCAGGCUCCAAGAACUUCCAGAAUAUCUUUCCUCCCUCAGCCACCCUGCACCUCUCCAAUAUUCCGCCCUCUGUGUCUGAGCAAGACCUCAAGACCCUCUUCUCCAGCAAUGGAGGUGUUGUCAAGGGCUUCAGGUUCUUCCAGAAGGACCGCAAGAUGGUGCUGAGCCAGAUGGGCUCUGGGGAAGUGGCAGUGCAGGCCCUCCUGGAGCUGCAGAACCCUGACUUGGGCGAGAACCAGCACCUGCACGUGACCUUCUCCAAGUGCACCAUCGAGGCUCACACUCCAGCUUCCACCAUUCCAGAAAAAGCCACUUUAAAAGCAGCUGAAGUGACCUUAACAGACCACAGUCACGGGCAGAUCCGGCUGGUGCCGGCCUCUCCUCUGCCUGCUAAGCGGCUCUGA